UUUCAAAAUGGAAGAAAUGCAAAAGAUUUGGAGUGGAAUAAAACACCAACAUUCAUUUGUUUUAUCAAAGGUCGUUUACGGCCGCUGAUAAGUUAACCUGGUUGAACAUGUGUUGAAUAAUACUUUUGUAUCGAUUGGGAAGACAUGAGAAGCAAGAUGAGUGUUUCAAUCGGUAAUAAAAUCGAGGUGAGUUGUCGACUUAACGUUAUACUGUACUACUGUAGCUAGCUAACUUAGCCAAAAUUAUUUUAGGUCGCUGAAGUUGCAAGAAGUAGCUACUCCAACGAUGUUUAGUUAGCUAAAUAGCAAACUAACAUAGCUACUGUAGUUGUCUACAAACGUUACCCACUUUGCACAAUUCGUAGUAGGCAAUGCAGACGAGUAACGUUACUGUAGCUAACGACGUUAGCUAAUGCUAAAACUAGCAUUGCCGCAGCAGAGUUGUUGUUGACUCUUGAGACGUGCCCCCACAGGUGGUUGGUGGCACCUUAAUUGGGGAGGACAGGCUCGUGGGAAUGGCUGGAGCGGAAUAGGUGGAACGACCAUUCCAUUUACUCCGUUCCAGCCACAUUAUGAGCCAGCCUCCACUGGUGCCCCCUCUCCCCCCGCGACUUACCGCACCUGUUUAUUGUUGCCAGGUGACUGGGAAGACAGCGCCUGCUUCAUUAGCGGGAAGAGAGCCGGGAUAAUUCAAGGUUUUGGUUGGCCAUAUGGCAGAGAAGGGUGCUACGUUUGUCUGAUGUUUUGUUUCUGACAGUUGGGUAGCCAGUCUGUAGCUACCCUGACGACCAAAUGCCUGGUACAGUUGUUGUAGUGGUGUACUACUCACUGGCUGUCUAGCCACCUACAUCAUACAUGUCAGAGGGAAGAUGUUCGACAAAGUUAUUCAUUAUUUCUUUCGAAACCUGACAACUAAAUGCAAAGUCAGUGAAGAUGAGGAGAGAAUCUUAUCUACAGCUGGGGAGCUACAGAUUGAGGUAUCACAUCAGUCAUCCUGUAUAUAAAAAAAGAACAGCUGACAGGCACAUCUAGGACAUAUUUUUAGGAUGUAGGCCUAGCUAUAGGACAUAUUCUAGCCAUAUGUGUUGUAAUGUAAAUAUUAGCUUAUUGACUUUGGAAUUCUGUAUUGCAUUUUGUGAAAACAUUUGUUAAUUCUCUUAAUCAGGACUUCAAAGUUCUCACCCUCCUUGGUAAGGGCUCCUUUGCAUGUGUUUACCGGGCAAAGUCAGUGAACACUGGCUUGGAGGUGGCGAUCAAAAUGGUAAGAACUAUUUUUCUAAGUUGCUAUACAGUCUGCAUCCCAGUUUUUUUAUGGUGUUGCUCCCCAGGUAACCACAAACACAGACAUUAAUACCAUAGAGUAAGAGCUCAUCACUACAAAGUGUUUAUUGUCAAGUGCAAGCAGACAAAUCACAAGUGUAGAAAUGUUGACAUAGCCUACACAGUGAAGACUCACCCACUUAUCAUCAUCACCCUCUCACUACCAGGUGGUGUGUUUAGCAGAGCCUUGUAUUUUCCCUAAGCCCCCCUCCCAUAAGUCCUCUGUGGACUGUUGGGAGUCUAGACAGUCUGUUCUGUCUCUGGAUAGCUCUCAUCGUUUCUUUGUGGAAGAUCGAUCGCUGUUAGCCACAAGACUAAAGCAGUGUAUUUUAACGCUCACAUGCACUGUAUAAUUAUCUCUAUUAUUCCCCUCUCUGUACAGAUUGACAAAAAAGCCAUGCACAAAUCUGGUAUGGUCCAGCGUGUGAGUAACGAAGUGGAGAUUCAGUGUCGAUUGAAGCAUCCGUCAAUACUAGAGGUAAGCAUGGUUGAACCUGUUAUGUUGGGCCUGUUAUGGCAUAUGUGAUCAUUGUAGUGCUGAAAUUGGCGCUACUUUAAUAAGGACUUAUUUACAUGACUGCAUUUAACCCCAGGGUUCUCCCAAUGAUUUUUUAACAAUAUGGUGCUGCUGAGUACAGGUGGGGUGUAGUGCCCCUCUUUACACUCAGACAGUUUGGCUUUUUUGAACACUGCCAUUUCCUGCAAUCUAGAGCAAAACUGGCUAGAAUAUUAGCGUUUGGGGCCUUAAAUUAUAAAACAUAUUUUUAGGGCGGCAGGUAGCUUAGUGGGUAAGAGCGUUGUGCCAGUAACCGAAAGGUCGCUGGUUCUAAUCCCAGAGCCGACUAGGUGAAAAAUCUGUCUGUGCCCUUAAGCAAGGCACUUAACCCUAAUUGCUCCGGAUAAGUCGCUCUGGAUAAGAGUGUCUGCUAAAUGACUAAAAUGUCAAUGUAAAAAUGUACAUAGUGGCGCAGCCAGUCCACAAGGUGGUGCAGUGCCACUCUUUACAUUCUUUGGGGAGAACCCUGAACCCUGACAUAACAUUUUGGCCUGUCAUUUUACUCCUUUGCAGCUGUACAACUACUUUGAAGACAGUAAUUAUGUGUACUUGGUGUUGGAGAUGUGCCAUAAUGGAGAGAUGAGUCGAUACCUGAAAGAUAGGAAGAUGCCCUUCUCAGAGGAUGAAGGUGAGUCACAUUUUCUACCUGAGAGUGAGUCAGUGAUACAUCUCUUAACAUGAUAUGAAAGCUACGAUAACAUGUAUUGACACUUGUCCUCGUUUCCUUUUAGAACAGUUUUCAUUUGUUGUUUUUUCACGUUACAGCAAGGCACUUCAUGCAUCAAAUAGUGAAAGGUAUGCUGUACUUGCACACACAUGGCAUCAUGCAUCGGGACCUGACCUUGUCCAACCUGCUGCUGUCGGGCAAUAUGAACCUUAAAAUAGCUGACUUUGGCCUGGCCACCCAGCUGAAGCUCCCCAGCGAGAAGCACUUCACCAUGUGUGGCACACCCAACUACAUCUCCCCAGAGGUGGCCACCCACAGUGCCCACGGCCUGGAGUCUGAUGUCUGGUCUCUGGGCUGCAUGUUCUAUGCCUUCCUGAUGGGCCGGCCCCCGUUUGACACAGACACGGUGAAGCACACCCUCAACAAGGUGGUCCUGGGGGAGUAUGACAUGCCCAGCCACGUGUCCCAGGAGGCCCAGGACCUGAUCCGCCAGCUGCUGAGGAAGGACCCUGCGCAACGGCCCAGCCUGUCUGCCGUGCUGGAGCACCCGUUCAUGACCCAAAGCCUGCUGGCCAGGACCAAGGAGCUGAGCCUGGGGGAGCCAGGCUCCAUGGACAGCGGCAUUGCCACCAUCUCCACAGCCUGCACCUCAUCCACCUCCGGCAGCAACAGCAGCCAUCUCCAGAAGAGAGCGAGGCACAUGAUAGGACCUGCCUUGCCCAACCGCAUGAUGCCUAUCCCCACACUGCCCACGCUGCUGCCCAGGCUGCCCAGCAGCGCCUGCUUUGAGGGGGUUGAGCAGUGGCAGCAGCAGCACUCAGAGAGAGUAGGCAGGAGCAGAGCUGCUCCGGGUGGGAAGAGUGGACGACCCCACUCUAGGUACCUACGGAGGGCUCACUCCUCAGACCGGUCUAGCUCCUCUGCCACUCCAGCCCAGGGGAUGGGGCAGGCAGAGCUGGAGAGGUGCCACUCUGAGGAGAUGCUGACUGGGUCGGGGAGACUGGCCUUUCCCAUGUCCUCCAGCUACAAGGACACUCCACAACCCUUCGCAGAACAUGGAAGGCUCCCAUCGCCGCCUGUCAAACAGACAGCCAGGUAAGAUGUGACACCAGUGUGAUGUAAUGAAUAGAAUGUGAUUUAUAUUAAGAUGGCUGUGUCUGUCUGACUAACUGAUGCAUGUAUGUUCUCUAUGUCCUCAGCUCAGGAUGUUCAUAUUCCACACAACCACCACGUCCACUAAACCUGCAGUUACAAGAGUCAGAAGGUGUACAGAAUUGGUUCAGUAAAGAAGGUAUAUUACACCUACUCUUUUCUUUGCUGUAUCUUAAUCUUACAUCCCAAUGUAAAGAUUUAAAAGCUCUAAAAUAAAGAUUUUCAUACAUGAGCUUGACAGUGUUUGUUCCCCCUGCCUCCCCAGGCCCGUUUCCGAGGCCCAUGGAUGUCAGCUCUCACAGCAGCAGUGGCAGUUUCCAUAGCAGCAGGGAGCCUCUAGGUGUACACAACUACUGGAGUGACAAACCAGCAGGCAGAGGGACCAGUUCUCACCGCAACCACAACCAGCACCACCCCUCAAACAUUGAGUCCUACUGGGAGAAUGGGCAACGAGUACAUGGGGGAGAGCUGCAGAGUCUGUCCAAACCCAAACCAAGUAUAGAAAAGAAGUCUCUGAGAAAUGUGCUCCCUCCCCUGUGUGCCUCCAGACUAAAACCCAUCAGACAGAAGACUAAAAACGCUGUGGUAAGACAGACAAAGCCCCUAGUUAUCCCCAUGUGUCUAUUCAACUGAUCUGCUUUCAAUGACAGGGCUAUGCCUGCCUGCUCUACAGCUGCGGUUUCUGUCUCCUCCCCAGGUGAGCAUUCUGGAUACAGGAGAGGUGUGUAUGGAGCUGCUCAAGGGUCAGGGCCUCCAGGAGAGGGUCAAAGAGGUCCUUAGGAUAUCCUGUGAUGGUUCGAUGGUGGGUUUCAGGAAUAACAACACUUCAUAACCUUCAGAGAGGAUGUAUCAUGGUCUCUGUCAGUAAAAUAAUGGCAAAACACUAAUUCCAACCUUUGACCAUGCUCCUGUAGGUCACUAUUUACCAGCCCAAUGAGGGGAAGGGGUUUCCUGUGCUAGAUCGUCCCCCUGCUCCUCCUGAGGACAUCCUGAUCUGCAGCUAUGAGGACCUACCAGGUACACCUCAAUACCAGACAGUGAAGUCUCAGUGACAUGAUUAAAAACCAUAAUUUUAUAAAUAUGUUGGAAAUCUGAUUUCAACUAACCACUGUCCUCUGUUUAUCUUUAAUAGAGAAGUACUGGAAGAAAUACCAGUAUGCCUCCAAGUUUGUGCUGCUGGUGAAAUCCAAGACUCCAAAAGUCACCCUCUACACAAAGUAUGCUAAGUGUAUGCUGAUGGAGAACUCCCCCAAUGCAGACCUGGAGGUGUGCUUCUACGAUGGUAAGGACCAUUUAGAAAGCAUCAGUUAUAUGAAACAUAAUGAACUUGAAGGAUAAGGUCUAUUGUCCUUCUCUGAUAUUGAAACGUUAUUGUUGCACACUGUUAAACUAAAUCAUCCUGACCUGUUGUUCCCCUCUGUACUGUGACAGGAGCAAAGACCCACAAGACGUCGGAGCUGGUCCGGGUGGUGGAGAAGAGUGGGAAGUCGUACACAGUGAAGGGGGAGGUGGGUCUCAGUGGCCUCAGCCCAGAGAGCAGGCUGUAUGUGGAGCUGUCUGACGAGGGCCACAGCAUGUGUCUGUCUCUAGAGGUGGCAAUCACUGCAGAAGAGCAGCACAGUGCCAAGAGCACUCCCUUCUUCCCCAUCACCAUUGGCAGGUGAGAGAGAGAGCCAUGACUGUCUGUUGUCAGCAUUAAUGCUGUAAAUUGUAAUGUUUGGAAGCACUUAAAUAAAGUACCAUCUUGCACCAUGUUGCAGAAUGCUGAGAGUUACUAUUUCAGGUAUAUACAGUCGUGGUCAAAAGUUUUGAGAAUGACACAAGUAUUGGUCUUCACAAAGUUUGCUGCUUCAGUGUUUUCAGAUAUUUUUGUCAGAUGUUACUAUGGUAUACUGAAGUAUAAUUACAAGCAUUCCAUAAGUGUCAAAGGCUUUUAUUGGCAAUUACAUUACGUUUAUGUAAAGAGUCAAUAUUUGCAGUGUUGACCCUUCUUUUUCAAGACCUCUGCAAUCCGCCCUGGCAUGGUGUCAAUUAACUUCUGGGCCACAUCCUGACUGAUGGCAGCCCAUUCUUGCAUAAUCAAUGCUUGGAGUUUGUCAGAAUUUGUGGGUUUUUGUUUGUCCACCUGCCUCUUGAGGAUCGACCACAAGUUCUCAAUGGGAUUAAGGUCUGGGGAGUUUCCUGGCCAUGGACCCAAAAUGUCGAUGUUUUGUUCCCCGAGCCACUUAGUUAUCACUUUUGCCUUAUGGCAAGGUGCUCCAUCAUGCUGGAAAACGCAUUGUUCGUCACCAAACUGAGAAGUUGCUCUCGGAGGAUGUGUUGGUACCAUUCUUUAUUCAUGGCUUUGUUCUUAGGCAAAAUUGUGAGUGAGCCCACUCCCUUGGCUGAGAAGCAACCCCACACAUGAAUGGUCUCAGGAUGCUUUACUGUUGGCAUGACACAGGACUGAUGGUAGCGCUCACAUUGUCUUCUCCGGACAAGCUUUUUUCCGGAUGCACCAAACAAUCGGAAAUGGGAUUCAUCAGAGAAAAUGACUUUACCCCAGUCCUCAGCAGUCCAAUCCCUGUACCUUUUGCAGAAUAUCAGUCUGUCCCUGAUGUUUUUCCUUCUUGACACCAGGCCAUCCUCUAAAAGUCUUCGCCUCACUGUGCGUGCAGAUGCACUCACACCUGCCUGCUGCCAUUCCUGAGCAAGCUCUGCACUGGUUGUGCCCCGAUCCCGCAGCUGAAUCAACUUUAGGAGACGGUCCUGGCGCUUGCUGGACUUUCUUGGGCGCCCCGAAGCCUUCUUCACAACAAUUGAACCUCUCUCCUUGAAGUUCUUGAUGAUCCGAUAAAUGGUUGAUUUAGGUGCAAUCUUACUAGCAGCAAUAUCCUUGCCUGUGAAGCCCUUUUUGUGCAAAGCAAUGAUGACGGCACGUGUUUCCUUGCAGGUAACCAUGGUUAACAGAGGAAGAACAAUGAUUUCAAGCACCACCCUCCUUUUAAAGCUUCCAGUCUGAUAUUCUAACUCAAUCAGCAUGACAGAGUGAUCUCCAGCCUGGUCCUCGUCAACACUCUCACCUGUGUUAACGAGAGAAUCACUGACAAGAUGUCAGCUGGUCCUUUUGUGGCAGGGCUGAAAUGGAGUGGAAAUGUUUUUUUGGGAUUAAGUUCAUUUUCAUGGCAAAGAGGGACUUUGCAAUUAAUUGCAAUUAAUCUGAUCACUCUUCAUAACAUUCUGGAGUAUAUGCAAAUUGCCAUCAUAAAAACUGAGGCAGCAGACUUUGUGAAAAUUAAUAUUUGUGUCAUUCUCAAAACUUUUGACCACGACUGAGUGAGCAAAACAUUAGGAACACCUGCUCUUUCCACGACAGACUGACCAGGUGAAAGCUAUGAUCCCUUAUUGAUGUCACCUGUUAAAUCCACUUCUAUCAGUGUAGAUGAAGGGGAGGAGACAGGUUAAAGAAGGAUAUUUAAGCCUUGAGACAAUUGAGAGAUGGAUUGUCUAUGUGUGCCAUUCAGAGGGUGAAUGGGCAAGACAAAAGAUUGACGUGCCUUUGAACAGGGUAUGAUAGUAGGAGCCAGGCACACCGGUUUGAGUGUGUCAAGAACUGCAAUGCUGCUGGGUUUUUCACGCUCAACAGAUUCCUGGGUGUAUCAAGAAUGGUUCACCACCCAAAACGCAUCCAGCCAACUUGACACAACUGUGGGAAGCAUUGGAGUCAACAUGGGCCAGCAUCCCUGUGGAACGCUUUCGAUGCCUUGUAGAGUCCAUGCCCCGACUAACUGAGGCUGUUAUUUUGUAUACUUUUAUUUAUAUAUAUAUACACAUACACACACACACAAAAGUAUGUGGACACCCCUUCAAAUGAGUGGAUUCGGCUAUUUCAGCCACACCAGUUGCUGACAGGUGUAUAAAAUCGAGCACACAGCCAUGCAAUCUCCAUAGACAAACAUUGGCAGUGGAAUGGCCUUACUUAAGAGCUCAGUGACUUUCAACGUGGCACCGUCAUAGGAUGCUACCUUUCCAACAAGUUUCUGCCCUGCUAGAGCUGCCCCGGUCAACUGUAAGUGCUGUUAUUAUGAAGUGGAAACGUCUAGGAGCAACAACGGCUCAGCCGUGAAGUGGUAGGCCACACAAGCUCACAGAACGGGACUGCCAAGUGCUGAUGCAGGCAGCGUGUAAAAAUCGUCUGUACUCUGUUGCAACACUCACUACCGAGUUUCAAACUGCCUCUGGAAGGAACAUCAGCACAAGAACUGUUCGUCGGGAGCUUCAUGAAAUGGGUUUCCAUGGCCGAGCAGCCACACACAAGCCUAAGAUCACCAUGCGCAAUGUCAAGUGUCGGCUGGAGUGGUGUAAAGCUGGUAAUGAUGGUCUGGGGCUGUUCUUAAUAGUUCGGGCUAGGCCUCUUAGUUCCAGUGAAGGGAAAUCUUAAUGCUACAGCAUACAAUGACAUCUAGUGGAAAGCCUUCCCAGAAGUGCAGGCUGUUAUAGCUGCAAAGGGGGGACCAACUCCAUAUUAAUGCCCAUGAUUUUGGAAUGAGAUGUUCGACGAGCAGGUGUCCAAAUAGUUUUGGUCGUGUGUGUCAGUCAGUCAGUCAUACUUUGCCUCCAAACGGUGUGUUGAGAUAUCCAGUGUCCCAGUCCUUGUGUCACUAAUCUUGCUGCUCUGUUUGUCCCUCCCAGGAGACCUGCCAACCCAGACUCCUCCUGCCCCUCGUCCCAGCCUGCCACUGCUGAUGUGGCAUCACCGCCCCAGCCCCCAUGCUUCACUCCCUCUGUGAGUUUCUCCCACGCAACAUGUCACAUUGUAUGAUCUAAGCUAUUUAGUCCAUCCAUUUCUAUGGAGGAAUUGUAAGAUAUUUCUGGUGUUAUUGUUUUUUAAACUUUAUUUUAUUUAUCUUCUCUAAUCAGAUGAUCUAUGAAGAGUCUGACAUCACCUCGGCCAGUGUGAACAAAAACUGCUCUCCGCUGUUGGUCAAACAGGACCACACGCCCAACGCAGGAAAAGUGCUCAAGUCUGUCUUUGUGCCAAAUAUUGGUUGGGCCUCACAGCUGACCAGUGGAGAGGUGUGGGUGCAGUUCAACGAUGGUUCCCAGCUAGUGGUGCAGGCAGGGGUCUCCUGUAUUAUCUACACGUCCCCAGAGGGACGGACCACCAGGUACUGAACACUUACACAGCACCUACAGUGGAGAAAAAAAGUAUUUAGUCAGCCACCAAUUGUGCAAGUUCUCCCACUUAAAAAGAUGAGAGAGGCCUGUAAUUUUCAUCAUAGGUACACGUCAACUAUGACAGACAAAAUGAGAAUUUUUUUUCAGAAAAUCACAUUGUAGGAUUUUUUUAUGAAUUUAUUUGCAAAUUAUGGUGGAAAAUAAGUAUUUGGUCAAUAACAAACGUUUCUCAAUACUUUGUUAUAUACCCUUUGUUGGCAAUGACACAGGUCAAACGUUUUCUGUAAGUCUUCACAAGGUUUUCACACACUGUUGCUGGUAUUUUGGCCCAUUCCUCCAUGCAGAUCUCCUCUAGAGCAGUGAUGUUUUGGGGCUGUCACUGGGCAACACAGACUUUCAACUCCCUCCAAAGAUGUUCUAUGGGGUUGAGAUCUGGAGACUGGCUAGGCCACUCCAGGACCUUGAAAUGCUUCUUACGAAGCCACUCCUUCGUUGCCCGGGCGGUGUGUUUGGGAUCAUUGUCAUGCUGAAAGACCCAGCCACGUUUCAUCUUCAAUGCCCUUGCUGAUGGAAGGAGGUUUUCACUCAAAAUCUCACGAUACAUGGCCCCAUUCAUUCUUUCCUUUACACGGAUCAGUCGUCCUGGUCCCUUUGCAGAAAAACAGCCCCAAAGCAUGAUGUUUCCACCCCCAUGCUUCACAGUAGGUAUGCUGUUCUUUGGAUGCAACUCAGCAUUCUUUGUCCUCCAAACACGACAAGUUGAGUUUUUACCAAAAAGUUCUAUUUUGGUUUCAUCUGACCAUAUGACAGUCUCCCAAUCCUCUUCUGGAUCAUCCAAAUGCACUCUAGCAAACUUCAGACGGGCCUGGACAUGUACUGGCUUAAGCAGGGGGACACAUCUAGCACUGCAGGAUUUGAGUCCCUGGCGGCGUAGUGUGUUACUGAUGGUAGGCUUUGUUACUUUGGUCCCAGCUCUCUGCAGGUCAUUCACUAGGUCCCCCCGUGUGGUUCUGGGAUUUUUGCUCACCGUUCUUGUGAUCAUUUUGACCCCACGGGGUGAGAUCUUGCGUGGAGCCCCAGAUCGAGGGAGAUUAUCAGUGGUCUUCCGUAUGUCUUCCAUUUCCUAAUAAUUGCUCCCAGUUGAUUUCUUCAAACCAAGUUGCUUACCUAUUGUAGAUUCAGUCUUCCCAGCCUGGUGCAGGUCUACAAUUUUGUUUCUGGUGUCCUUUGACAGCUCUUUGGUCUUGGCCAUAGUGGAGUUUGGAGUGUGACUGUUUGAGGUUGUGGACAGGUGUCUUUUAUACUGAUAACAAGUUCAAACAGGUGCUAUUAAUACAGGUAACGAGUGGAGGACAGAGUAGCCUCUUAAAGAAUAAGUUACAGGUCUGUGAGAGCCAGAAAUCUUUCUUGUUUGUAGGUGACCAAAUACUUAUUUUCCACCAUAAUUUGCAAAUAAAUUCAUUAAAAAUCCUACAAUGUGAUUUUCAGGAUUUUUUUUCUCAUUUUGUCUGUCAUAGUUGACGUGUACCUAUGAUGAAAAUUACAGGCCUCUCUCAUCUUUUUAAGUGGGAGAACUUGCACAAUUGGUGGCAGACUAAAUACUUUUUUCCCCCACUGUAUAUAACAAAUACAAUAACUGACACAUGGCUUCACCACUGUUUCAUAGUGCUAUGUCAAUGUCCAUAUUUUGUUAAUUUUCUGAUGUAAAAUAUGGUUUUGUGUUUUUCUGUAUUUGAGGAAUAGUAGUUGUCGAACUCUUUUUGCUGACAUGUUCCUGCUUGUGUUGUUCCAGGUACAAGGAGAAUGAGAAGUUGCCAGAGCUUGUGAAGGAGAAGCUGCACUGUCUCUCCACCAUCCUGGGCCUGUUGGCCAGUCCAGCAGUACGCCGCUGAAUCAAACCUCAGCAGCAUCGCCCCCUUGCUGUUACAUUGACACGUCCCAGUGCACCAAUGAUGUUGCAGGGAGGAGACACUUUCAUAGGCUUUAUACUGUGACAUACAUGCCUCUCAAGUGUGCUUGUAAAUAUGUUUCUUUUCUAUGUACAGAUGACAAAUUAUGAAUAUAUAUUUUAUAAAAUACCCAUGUUGUACAGCAUCUUGUGUUGAAAUAGUUUGUAUGUGCGUGUGAACUUGUCUUUUGUAAUUUUCUACAUUGUCAGUUGUCGAACCAUAAUCUCCAUGAAAUGUCAGAUGCAUAAAAGCUGAAGCAAUAAACAUCUGCAGGCUGGGUAGAGUUCAGUCACACUGGUGUUCAGGGGUCUUUUGUUCUUCAUCUC